AUGUACGCCCAAGCAGAUACGGUUGUCGAAAAAGCCAUUCGCGACGGCUCACCUAUGAUGAAACGAUCGAAGACGACAAGCAUGACACCCAUUCCCCACGAAGAAGACCCCUCGAAUUCUUCGUUGAAAGAUACAGUAGCGGGAGACUCAGAUGCGGAAGAACCUGAAAAGGUGAAGAUGUUUCUGGGGAGUUUUGACGACCUCAACAAAAAGCCUCGCCGCUCAUCGCCAGGUGGGGAAAACGUUUGUAUGUACGAUGAAGACGAAGAUCUAGAUAAGGCAUCGAUGCAUUCGACGCGGUCUUUUCGUAGAGCCUCAAUGGGUGGACUUCCAAGUGAAAAAACGUACAUCCGACGGAGUCUCGUUUCGAACGAUGAUGACGAACGAUCAAUACACUCUGCGCGAUCGUCCCGUUCCCGGCGCGCCUCGCUGAACGGUCCCAUUCCUGCAAGCAUGCUAGGAGGCCUCGGUCCAAGUGAUGGUUACGGUACAGACGACGAUGAUGAUGAUAUAGGAGUAUCGCAGCACUCAUUGCGACGCCGUGCGUCCAUGAGUCGUCGAGGCUCGGCGGGAUUCGGAGCCCUCCCGCCGGGGCGUGUGCACGACGAUCCCUGCGGUCCUCCCCAACCGGUGAAACGUCGCACUUCAGCGGGGAACAACCCGCGUCGUGUAUCUCCAAACUAUAAUGCAGAGAAAUUGGAAGGUGCAGGAACCAAUGCGUCCCGUCGCAGGUCGGGGGGGUUUGGUACGGAGCAUCGUGGAUCGACUGGUUUCGAGACCGGAGGUACUCCCCUUGAAUACGCUACCCGGCGGGCUUCGGCCGGAAGUAUAAACAAUAGUAGGUACGAAAGUGUAGAUACAGAAGCAGGUCCGGUGAACCUUCAAGGGCGUCGGGGCUACGUUGGAAGUUCGAGUCGCCGGGGCCCAAUCAGUAACGGUCCAUCGGAGACGGCAACACGCAUGGGGUCCACGGCAGGUGGACUUCUUCAUCAAGGAGGGCAUCGGGGACACGAUGGGAACACAAGUCGGCGAGGCCCCAUCAGCGGCGUACCACAAGAGCACCUUAUGGCCACUCAACGUAAAAUCUUUGCCCGUACGCCAGUCACGCGCAAUGACACCACCAACAGUGUUGAACUAGCAAGGGGUCGACGUGCAUCAGCCGAGCUUGAUCGCAACGCCUUUGCUCGGGGAGCACCUCCCCGAACAACUACCGCAGACAGCAUGGAAUUGGCUCCCGGGCGGCGAGCCCUGACCACAUCGUCCGAAAAGAGUCAAUUUGUUAGAGGAUUGCCCGCCCGAUCCACGACGGCCGACAGUAUGGAGCUUGCUCCAGGACGUCGAACAGUGAGGGUGUCCCCAGACCACGUGGGUUUCUCGGAAGAACCUAUGCUGUGCAGCCAAGCUACUGAUAGUAUCGAACUUACUCCAGGUGGACGGGCUUCUCUCGCUAUGGACAAGUCCGUCCGCAUCCCGGUGAUGCGGACCAACACUGCCAACAGUAUGGAUCUCAUUCCUGGACGCAGGGGGGUGAAGGAUUCGCUGACAGAGGAAACGGAGAUGAUGUAUGAACAGGUCAAUACUGAUCGUCAGAUGCCGCCGAGUCGUAGUGCGGCUCUACGCCGUGGACGGAGAGUAUCGUCCGGCUUCAAUGAGUCCGCUUUGGAUCGUAUGAACCAGGCUGCUUCUUGUGAUAAUCACAAUGAGGAAUCGGAAGAAUCAGAGCCCGAUUAUGGCUACGGAGACGGGAUGGCUCAUCCAUACGGAUAUUCAGCAGAUAAUUACCUAUCCCGGAGGGAAAGUACUGCCUCCCAAGUCUCCAGCAACGCAGUCAUGAGCCGUCGAGGCAGCAACUAUUCUCAAUCUAGCGGUAUUGUCAGCCGUCGCGGAAGCAAUUAUUCCCAGUUGUCGGCACAGCGCACCCGACGUCGCAACAGCUAUUUGGUGCGCCCAGAACGAGAUUUCAAUAUGGCGGACGAAUUGUUGGAUAGCGCUUUACGCAUGUCGGAUAGCGACCUUUCCGAAGACGAGCACAAAACUUUUUCCAAAGAUGUUCCUAAAGCCUUCUACAACUACAAUGGAGAGCAGUCAUUGAACACACAAAGUGCAUUUGGAUAUGAUUCCGACGCCCAGUCCAUGUCCAGUGCUGACUCGCAAAAUUCAUCCAAAUCCUACUGCCGCAACAGCUACUUGGUCCGGCCCGAGCAAGAUGCGGCUUUUGCAAGUUCGCUCUUGGCAGCGACGCCACGGAUGUGUGAAAGGUUAGUCGCUACUGAGCAUGCAUCAAUUGAGGAGCAUCUAACCGAAGAUGAUCAAUCCGAAGAAGAAGAAGAAGAUUUCAAAAAUCCGGACUCCCUUCUCAGUCGCAGUGGUUACCUUAAGGUACACGGAACGCAACACCAUUCACACUUGCUGGAAGCGGCCGUUGAGGUAGAACUAAAGGAGUUGAAAGACGGAGAGCACGAGAAUGACCAGCCUAUGAGGUCUGUCCCUAUCGCGGCUGGACAAACCUCGGGAACGCUCGUCGGAGCGCGACUCCAGCCUACUAACGAACAAGUAAAGCAUCAACCACAGAACGAAUCCAAGGAAAAGGAUGCUUGGAAUCGUCGCACUCCCUUUACCACUUCUCUUGCUGAGUCUUUGACUGCGGAUAAGAUUAACGAACUUCAGAAGAUUCAACCCAAGAUCUCUACGGAGAAUAUACCAAAGCAGUACAUGCGCUCUUGCAAAAUGAAUUGGGGAGAACUCACCCUCGAGAGUAGCGAUGAGUCAUCAGAAAAUUACUCCGAGUCUAGAUUUGGCUCUAGAUUGUACGAAGAUUCUCCCUCAAAUCAAGAACUAGACGGCUACAAACAGCGAGCGCGUCGUCGUGAAUCAAUCGAACGAACCGUUUUAAAUAUUGAAAAGUCCGCUUCCUCCUCUCUCCUGCAUGGCAAGAACACUCCAGAUUUCAAGCCUGCAACUGGCUGUGUAAACGCUUCCGACUUCAUUGUCCGUUGCUUCUCUGCUCGCCUCCGAAUGGGGAUCACAGUGCUCAAGCACAACCGAUCUCGCUGGAGUAAGUCGUCUAAUCGUGAUUUGGUACUCCUUGAUGGUCGUACACUUAGCUGGAAACCUGUCGGCGGAGAGCAGGACAAAGGAAAGCGUCCUCGAUUAGAUAUUUCCAAGUGCAGGGAGGUUCGUCAUGCCUGGAGUCGGGAUCCAUUGACACGAAAGCAGACUGGUACGAUUACUCUACGGAAGCGUUGUAAAGACGGCAUGGCGAGCAAGUCGUUCUCUCUUAUAUUUGGAAAACGCACUUUAGAUAUCACAGCCAUGACAAACGACCAAUGUAAGGUUUUGAUGGAAGGCUUUUCGGCCCUUUGCUACCGAUUGCAAUUAGAACAGCUGGAAGAAGGCGACACUCACUCGGAAUCGCGUGCUGCCCGUGGGGGCGAUUCCAAGUCCAUGACAACAGACGACGACUGGAACUCUACUGUAUUUGGUGACUCAACCAUGAGCUUGACGCAAAGCAACACAACCGGUCGGACUCUUCCAAUACCAGCGUCGCCAUGGGGGCUAUGA